UCCGAAAACGGGGCCAAUUCUCAUGAAGUUGAUUUAUUUCAUCCGUGAUACCUGAAUUUAGUUAGAACUUCGGGGUCACGACUUUUUUUUUAUUAGAACUUUCGGGAAAAAACCUAUUCCUCAAAUCAUCAAUUCUCUAACUUUUGAAAUGGAAGGACUGCAAGAUCCGAACUAUGUAGAAAUGUCUCUCGAUGAUGUCAUCAGAGAUAUGAAAGCUAAGAAAGCUCUGGAGGAAGAAAACGUGGAAAACAACUCACCUUUCCUCAGACAAACAACAAGUUUCCAAUAUAACAAGAGGCCUUUCAGAGCAGCUUUUCAACCAAGAAACUUCAAUCGCAGUAACUACUUGCGUCACAUGGCAAAAAAAAAACUUCAACGUGCUCACAAAACAUUAGAUUUGAGAAAAAGACUCAUCACUAUCAGAGCUAGUAAAGAAGGGUUGGAUUUAAGAUGGAAAAUAGUUGCAAAUAUGAUAUUCAAAUUAAGACAACAGGGUGAAAAGGCACAGUCUAGACCAAAGUUUCAUCCUUAUCCACGGUUGGAACAUUCCCUCAGACCCCGUUCUGGCCCUUAUGGCACUGUUACUGGAGUCUCCUCCCUUCCUAAAGUGAGCAGAUCAGCGUUAUCCCAAGUUGAAAGACUUGUUGGUAAACUUCCAUCAUGGAUGAAGACUACUGCUGCUUCUGUGAUUGACAGAGCAACCCCAUUGCAACCCAAUUACCCUCGGCCGGCCCGCUUUAGUGCGGUUCCGAUGAGAACAGUUCCGAUAGUUUCUUCCCCGCCUACAAGUAACCCUAGAAUGGCGAUGGGGCAGUACAGUUUCGUGGCACCAAAUCAUGUCCAUCCUUGCUAUCAAGUGACACCAACUCUGCAAGACUUCCAAACCCAUCGUUCACCCGCUCCUAGUGAAAUGCCUCCGCUUGCGUACGAGCCUUUACCGAUAAUUAGACAAACCGCCACAACAAAUCCUCGUCACUUCGAAAUGAUUAGAACCUCAAAAUCGGAAGAAGAUAUUGCAAUCAGUGUAGUUGAUGUUGGUGAUGAGCUUCCGCGUGUUAAGUUAACUCUUAAUGAACGUUUUACCCAGUAAAAGCUACUCGGGUAAUGGUUGUCAAAUUUCCUUUAUUUCUUUCUUGACGAGGGUUCUCUUUAUUUUCAUAUUGAAUGCUACCCGGAAUAUUCAUGAUUAUUCCUUUUUAAGAAUUCAUUUUGUCGCAAAUUCUUAUUUGGCCAAUUUCCCUUUCCCCGCCAUUGAAAUUAUUGAAUCAAGAAAACCUAUGUUGAAGCUCAUUGUGAGAAAAUCUCCUGAGUAUUAUCAAAUAAACGAGACUGUUUUUUCUUUUUUAA